AUGGCAUUCCUCUUUAAAUCGAAGAAGAAUAGUCAGCAGGCCACUGGCGGCCUGCCCCCGGCCACGAGAAACGUUCAUACCUCUGAAGGAGCACCAGCGGGCUCUGGAGCCGUGCUGAACGGAUCGAAAGAUGGAGUGGCCACAUCACAGACGCCGACGCCUACUAGUGGUAGCUUCAAUAAUUCUUUGAACUCGGUUGGCAGCACCAACAGCCCGGAGCAGCAGCAGCAGCGAGUACGACAGCGGGCGGAGUCCGAGUCUCAGGCUCAUCGCUCCCAGCCGCCCACAGCGAGUAGUACCUCCCCAGGCUCCAGCCCAGGUGCAUCCCUCUACCCGUGGUCGCAGCGCCGAUUGAAUUUCUCCUCGCCGCAAGCAAACCCUUUUCCACGAUAUGGCGCAGCAAUCAACUCAGUGGCCUCGAAAGAAGGCGAUGUAUACAUGAUGGGUGGGUUAAUAGAUGGGUCAACUGUCAAGGGAGAUCUUUGGAUGAUGGAAAGCAGCAGCGGGAACCUGUCAUGCUUCCCAAUUGCGACUGUUUCGGAAGGCCCAGGGCCUCGUGUUGGCCAUGCAAGUCUAUUAGUUGGAAACGCCUUCAUCGUGUUCGGUGGUGAUACCAAGGUGGAUGAAAAUGAUACGCUGGAUGACACACUCUACCUACUUAAUACUUCUUCGCGGCAAUGGUCGCGCUCAAUACCACCAGGUCCCCGACCUACCGGACGAUAUGGCCAUACGCUAAAUAUUCUUGGUUCGAGGCUCUAUGUUUUCGGAGGGCAGGUUGAAGGGUAUUUCUUUAAUGAUUUGGUCGCCUUUGACCUAAAUCAAUUGCAGAAUCCCGGUAAUAAGUGGGAGUUCCUCAUUAAAAAUAGCCACGAAGGCGGCCCUUCACCCGGACAGAUCCCACCUGCAAGAACCAACCACACGAUUGUCAGUUUCAAUGACAAGCUGUAUUUGUUCGGAGGAACAAAUGGAUUACAAUGGUUUAAUGAUGUUUGGUCGUAUGACCCCCGUGCCAACAGCUGGACUCAGCUUGAUUGCGUUGGAUUCAUCCCGACGCCUCGGGAGGGACAUGCGGCUGCUCUCGUUAACGACGUUAUGUAUGUUUUUGGUGGCCGGACAGAUGAAGGCAUCGACCUUGGUGAUCUAGCAGCGUUUCGUAUAAGCACGCGACGAUGGUACUCUUUCCAGAAUAUGGGCCCAGCACCAUCGCCACGAUCGGGACAUAGCAUGACAGCUUUUGGAAAGCAAAUAAUUGUCUUGGCCGGCGAGCCAAGCUCAGCCCCGAGAGAUCCAGUGGAGCUUAGUAUGACGUACAUGCUUGAUACGUCAAAGAUUCGUUACCCAACGGAGAAUGGCGAAAGGGGAACCGCCGCCAAACCCGGGGCUGGAGACAAAUCUACAGCAUUGUCGGGUCGGACAUCCCGCGAAGCCCCGAACCAACAACUGGAUCAAGCCAGAAGGGGCCAGGCACAAUCCCGCGAAAGUGUGGCUAGCCCUACUGGGCGGGCGACAGAGCUAGCACUGGGAACAGGACCAGGCUCUCGAUUGCCACGAGCGUCCAUUGCAAAUGCUCCCUCUGGACCUCCUCCACCGGGCCAGGCACCCACCCCAGGCUCAAGAGCUAACAACCCACCACAAGGAAACAAUUUCAGAAGCAAGACUCCGCCGACGAAACAGGACCGUACUUAUGGUGGACCACCGAUUGACACGGCUCGGGCGAUUGCUGGAGAGAGAGAGAGAGAGUCAGCGCCAAGGGACUCUCCAAAAGACUCUAGGAAUGUUCAGGAGUCGAAUGGCCAGCGGACUCCUACUCAACAGUCGUCUUCGCGUAUGUCAGCUAGAGCCAUGGAGGCUGGGGAAGCUGCUCCCUUGAUUGCACCAGCUCGACAACGCUCUCUUCGCCAGCGACAGCGCAGCUCCAUGGAUAGCGCCGAUGAAUCAAUCCUCGGCCGCCAUGCAAGUGUUGAUGGGUCGGUGGACUCGCGGGGCUACAGAAAUUCUAAGACAGGAGAGGAACCGCGUUCACCACGACUGACUGCCCACCAGGAAGCUUUGAUAAAGGAGCUCGAGGCAUUGAAGAGCCGGAAUGCAUGGUACGCAUCGGAACUCGCGUUGGCUAAGAAGGCUGGGUAUAGCCCUAAUAUCUCCACUAAUUCUGUCUUGGAUGAACGAACGGCGGAAGCUUUCGGGGACGAGGAUCGUCCUUUGAUCGAGGCGUUCCUAGCAAUGAGAGCAGAGUUAGCCAAAAUGCAGGCUACUGUUGAUAGACAAGCCGCGAUCGCAUCGAAGCGUGUAGCGGAAGUCGAACAGCAAAGAGAUGUAGCAGUGAACGAAGCUGCUUAUGCUCGUGCCAAGUUGGCCGCACAUGGGGGAAGCCAGCAAAGUACGCCAUCCUUGGAUGGACAGUCUCACGAUCUUGAUAAGGCGGCCUCUGAACGCACAACAGAUUUGAGCCGGAGAUUGGCUUUGGCUCUUGCAUCCCAGAAUGAGCUUAAGUCGAAACUGGAGGCACUUACCACCGAUUUUGACCAGGAGAAGCGUGGUAGGGAGCUGGCAGAAGAGACAUCUGAAGCUACUAGAAGGAGACUGGCUGAGCUGGAAAUGCAGAAUAAUGCUUUGGAAACGGAAAGUUUGCGUGCCCAGCUUCACCAAAUAGAAGCAUCUCUGAGAGAAGAGUCGAUGCUACGAUCCGAAGCCGAAUCUUCCCAGAAGCAAUUGAUCUUGGAUAAAGAAGAGUUGUCAAAGAAGCUUGAAGAUUCUUCCGGCCGUCUGAAGGACUUCGGCGAUAAUAUCGGCGGCUUGAGAUUAGCCGUAACUGCAUCUUCCGAGAAGGCGACGGUUUUGGAGAAGAAAUUAGACGAGGAACGCGAACGACGGGAAGGCUUGGAGAGGAAAUUGCUGCAGCUUAGGUCCGAGCAUGAAGAGCGAACUUCUGAGUUAGAGAACGCCACUCGCCGCCUUCGAGACGCAGAAGAAUUGGCCGAAACUCACGCCAGAGAAGCCGAAACCCAUAAGAAUGCAUUCAUUUUGGGUCUAGAGCGAGCUUCCUCAUUCGACUCCGAGACGUCCGCACGCUCACUUGCGGAUCAACGAGUAGCAAGCUCGGAAGCACAGGUGGAGAGAGCGAAUAAACUGGCCAAGGCCAGUCAAGCCGCUGCCGAUGAAGCGGCCGAAAAACUGCGACGUGCGGAGGAGCGGAUCGCAGGUCUGGAAGCCUAUCAAGAGCAGGCUAGCAGAGAGGGCCUCCAGCUUCGCCGGCAACUCCAAGCAGCCCUGAAAGAUUGCCAAACAUAUACCGCAGAGAACAGGGAGCUCAAGUCCAAGAUUGAGGGUCACCAGAGGGAAGCCGGUGCUCUGUCAGUUCAGCACACCGCGCUGAAGGACCUUCUUGGCGAGCGUGGCGUCAGCUACACUGAUAGUAGGCGCUCCCCUCGAAUGGAGUCUCCCGGUUCCCGGUUCGGUACUCCUGAACAAAACCGACUUCGAGAAUUGGAGCAACAACUUUCGACAAGUUUGAAGGCGCAUGAUGAGAUGAAAUCUUCAUUUGAAACGCGGGAGCAGGAGGCCGACCGCGCCUACAGGGAGAAACUAGAGCAGCUCGAAAAUGACUAUCAAUCCGCCGUCCACUACGUUAAAGGAACCGAAAAGAUGUUGAAGCGGAUGAAGGAUGAGCUUACUCGGUAUAAAUCUCAGAAUGCGAAGAUUCAAUCCGAACUUGAUGCGGCGCAGAGCAGGGAUGUCGAGGACGAGUCAGGCGCAUCGUCCGAAUGGGAAGCCGAGCGCUCUCAGCUUCAAAAAUCAAUAGCUGAGCUGCAGCAGAAUACGUCGUUCUCCAUUACAAACCUCGAGGAACAAGUUACCAGGUUGAAAGACAGCCUGACCUCUACAGAGGCGGAAAAGAAGAAGUCUCACGCAGAAUACGAGUCAAUGAAGCAGGAACUUCUCGCUGUCACCGAAAAGAGCCGCUCCGAAUUGGAACAACUUAAGCAAGAGAACUCAUUGCUAGAAACUCGUGCCGUGGAUGCGGAACACAAGGUCUCCAUGCUCCUGGACCAAGUCGAGGCCUCCGUUGGACAAUAUCGGCGGCAGUCGCAGCACGGGGCCCUUAAUGGAAUCUCCCGCACGCACAGUAAUGCAUCCAGCGGUACAAUUGGAGGCGGCACUCGCCGCUCUAGGGCCAACAGCGCGGUGUCGCAGGAUGACACUUUCCUAGAUAACCGUGGCUCCAUGGCUCUCGACUCGCUAGCCAAUGAAUUGGAAGCCCUACGCACCCACUGGGAGAGUACCAAUAGCAACUACCGAUUAAGCACCCAUUCUGACUUUGAUCGCACUCCGACCAAGGAAUCGGGGCUGAGCGAUAGCCUCGCGGAAUGGAGACGACGACUGGACGAAGACGAAGCGAAGAAUCCCUCUUCGGAAAAGAAUUUCAGCUCACUGAGCUUACAUUCCAGCAAGAUGACGACUAUGGACUUGCGUGUCGGUAAUAAGUACCGCAUUGGCCGUAAGAUCGGAAGUGGUAGUUUCGGUGACAUCUAUCUUGGCACCAACAUUAUCUCCGGCGAGGAAAUUGCCAUCAAGCUCGAAAGCGUCAAGGCUAAGCACCCUCAACUUGAAUAUGAAGCACGCGUUUACAAGUCUCUUGCCGGUGGUGUUGGUAUUCCGUUCGUUCGCUGGUUCGGUACCGAGUGUGACUACAACGCCAUGGUGAUCGAUCUACUUGGACCUAGUCUCGAGGAUCUUUUCAACUUCUGCAACCGCAAGUUCUCGCUUAAGACCGUACUUCUCCUUGCCGACCAACUUAUAUCCCGCAUCGAAUACAUUCACGCCAAAUCCUUCAUUCACCGUGAUAUUAAGCCCGACAACUUCCUGAUGGGUAUUGGUAAGCGCGGAAACCAGGUCAAUGUUAUCGAUUUUGGCCUGGCCAAGAAAUACCGGGACCCCAAGACUCACUUCCACAUUCCCUACCGCGAGAACAAGAACCUGACUGGAACGGCCCGUUACGCCAGUAUCAACACUCACUUGGGUGUCGAACAGUCUCGCCGUGACGACAUGGAGUCUCUGGGUUAUGUCAUGUUGUACUUCUGCCGUGGCACUCUCCCUUGGCAGGGCUUGAAGGCUGCUACCAAAAAGCAGAAGUACGACCGUAUCAUGGAGAAGAAGAUGACAACCCCCACCGAGGUUCUGUGCCGUGGGUUUCCCAACGAAUUUUCCAUCUACCUAAACUACACCCGUUCCCUGCGUUUUGAUGACAAGCCGGAUUAUUCCUACCUCCGCAAGAUCUUUCGUGACCUGUUCGUUCGCGAGUCAUUCCAAUACGACUACGUCUUUGACUGGACCGUUUACAAGUACCAGAAGAACGCCGCCAUGAUCGUGGACGCCAAGAAGGACAAGGAGGCCGAGGAGCAACAGCGUCGCCAAGGAGGAAACAUACCCAUGUCUGGCGGUGCUGCUAAGCCCGGUGCUAUUUCCAGCCAGCGUCGCAAGAUCAUGGAACGCGGUACCCUUGACAACACCCCCGACACCAACCGUGCUGUGGGAGGGAGCGACAGGAUGUGA